AUGGUCCAAUUGCCAGCAGUUCGGGCGAACAACGCUUCUCUCGCACGGUUAGGACCGGGCCAAGUGGCCGUCUUCGUCGGCGGGACAAGCGGCAUUGGGGAGGCGACCGCGCGAGAAUUUGUCCAGAAGACCGAUAGACCACGAGUGUAUUUGAUCGGACGCAAUGAGGCCCAAGCCAGUCGGAUUCUGAAGGCGCUCCGGGAGUUGAACCCCGAGGGCCACACCACGUUCAUCAAACAGGACAUUGCUCUCCUGAGAGGCGCAGACGAGGCAUGCGCGAAGAUCAUGGCCAAGGAGCACAAGGUCAAUCUACUAUUCAUGACGGCCGGCAUGAUCACCUGGCAGGAAGAGUUGGUAAAGACCAGCGAGGGGCUGGAUCAGAAAUUCAGUUUGCACUAUUACUCCCGCAUGCGAUUUGCCAUGCAACUACUUCCGUUGUUGAAGGCCGCGGCGGAGGAAACCCCGGGGGCACUGUCCCGCGUCGUCAAUGUCUUCUCGGCGGGCCAUGAGGGACCCCUCGAUCUGGACGAUCUGUCCCUGGAGAAGCGGUACGGGUUGCAGGCGUGCGCGACGCACGCCAGUACCAUGACCACCCUCGCCAUGGAGCACUUGGCUCGGCAGCAUCCCGAGACAGCCUUCAUCCACACCUUCCCCGGCAUCGUCAAGACAGGCCUAGUGAGCGGGUUCGGCCCGUUGGUCAAACCGUUUGUGCUGGCCCUUAUGGCGCUGUAUUCGCCCUGGAUGGUACCACUGGCUGAGAGCGGAGAACGCCAUUUGUAUGCAGCCACGAGUCCCAGAUUUCCGCCCCGCAAUGCUGGCUUGGAGGUGGCAGUCGGGGUUGACGGCGUUGAGGGGAGUGGCUCCUACUCUCUCCAUUGGGAUGGUGAGCCCUAUACCAAGAAUACCGCCUUACUUGACCGCUAUCGCUCCGAAGGGGUCACCAAAUUGGUUUGGGAGCAUACCCUGGAUGUCUUCAAGAACUUACGCAGGCAGGACUAG